AUGAUGAAAGCAGUGGCGAAAGUGCGAAUCAUCUCCCCUCUGCAAGUAUGUCGAAAACAUGCCAAUUGGGUUCCUCCAACUCCACCUUCCUCUCCCACCUUCGGCAACCCCUGCCUCGAUCUCUUCUUCCGCCUCGUCGAACCAAACACCCCGGUCAAGCGGCAGGCCAACCUUAACUAUCUGAACCAGUUCCUUCCCUUGGCCUGGUCCCACAAUCCCCUCACCACCCUCAAGCUCAUCUGCAACCUCCACUACGAUCCUCAUGGCCCCGGCAAAGAACAUGCACAAGGCUUCAACUCGGCGGCGUCUUGGCUACACCACAACCACCCCAAAACCCUGGUCUGCAACCUCCCGGCUAUUGCCGCCGGCUUCCGUAGUUUUGAAAAAGUUCUCGUCAUUCUGUACCGGAUACUAGAAGGCAAAGACCCACAUUAUUCUAUUACCUUACUCACAGAAGCCAUCGAGGAGACAGAGGAUAAGAUCGCCAUGGCUAAAAAGGCUCUUGACAGAUACGAGCGCGACCCCCAUUAUCGCUUCUUGCACGACCGCGUUUCCGAUCUGUUCGCAGACUGUCUCAAGUCUGAUAUUGAAAACUUUAAAGAAUUGAAGCAGAAGAAGAGCCAAUCUCAAUCUGAUGAUGAUGAUCACAACUACUGCUUGGAGUUAACUCGGGCUGCCAGGUGGUGCCCGCACGUUGACUCCUUGUACGAUUGCACCACUCUGCUCUCUGAGAGCAUUGCCAAGAAGAUUUUCCCACGAAUUUCAUACCAAGGAUUUGAGGAAAACGAGGCCGAUCACGCAGACAGAGCCCGACAGCUGCUGAUGAAGGAGGUUUUGUUGCCCUUGGAGGCCCCCUUGGAGGAACAGUCGGGUUAUCAAUUUGAAUGGAGGACCAAUCAUCGAGCUUCCUGCCCGGAUCGCAAGUAUUUGGAGGAGGUGAAAGCCGGAGGCAAGUCCAAGAUUGAGGCCGGCGCUAUGCUUCCGCAUAAGAUCAUAGAAUAUGUUUACGAUUGUGAUGAGCUGCGCCACGUGGCCGAGCUUCAGUGGAAGGUUAUGGUGGAGGACGUCUACUUGAAGCAAUGCAAGUUUAGAAACUGCUUGGCCAUAUGCGACGUUUCCGGGAACAUGAUGAGGGUUCCUAUGGAUGUGUCAGUGGCUCUGGGGCUUUUGGUGUCUGAACUGAACCAGGAGCCAGCAUGGAAAGGAAAGGUGAUCACUUUCAAUCGAAACCCUCAGUUGCUUGCAAUACAAGGCGAUGAUCUUAGGUCCAAGUGCGCAUUUGUGAGGAGGAUGGACAGCCAGGAGUGGCAUUGCAAGGUUGAUUUCCAAAAGGUGUUUGAUUUGAUUCUUGAAGCAGCUGUGAAUGGGAAUUUGAGGCCAGAGCAAAUGAUCACUAAGGUGUUUGUGUUCACCAUCUACUUUGACUUUGAUGAGAUUUCGGCCAAUCAAUGGGAGACUGAUUACGAGGCAAUAAAAAGCAAGUUCAAGGAAAAAGGAUACGGUAAUGUAGUGCCACACUUGGUGGUUUGGAAUCUGAGCCAAGACAAAUCGACACAGGCGGUGCCUUGUACACAACCAGGGGUGACCAUGUUGAGUGGCUUCAUCACCAACAAUUUGGUCGAGUCCUUCUUGGACAAUGAUGGGGAUAUUUUCCCUGACCAUGUCAUGGAAGCAGCUCUCUCUCCCAGAAAGUAUCAAUCUCUGGUUGUAGUGGACUGA